AUGACUAACAACAAUGGAUGUAUUAUAUCCGGGGGAAUUGAUAAAGGAGAAAUAUUUAAAGAGUUUUCUACAAAAUUUGUAUCAACGGUAGCAACUAGUGAAUCUGAUCGUUCUGAGGUGUUUUAUUCAUUUAUGAGUGCCUUCUUGCUUAGCAUUCGUAAUGCAGGCGGCACUCGUGAUGGUUGGUUACUUAUUGAGGCUAUUAGACAAUUCGAUAAAGACUGGUCCCGAACUUUCUUUUAUUAUAUGAAUGCUUUGGAAUUGGAAGAUCCCAAAGAUUUGAUUAGAAAGUUGGAUGGAAAGGUACACAUGUUUCGCGAUGGUGAAAAGAAGUUGAGGGUUGCUGUGAUAAAGACUGAGGGUAAUUCUGAUGUUAUGAAUCUGAUUGACAGUGCUAUUUCGAGACGCGCAAUUCUCGUCAUCGUGUUGCUUUUUCUGACUAUUCCUAUCGACGACUUGCAUCGACUUAUCAACAUCAUAUUCGACCGCCGUUGUUUAAUUACAGUUUUUAUCGCCCUAUUUAUUAUAAUGAUUUGGACCAGCCGUCUCGACUUGAAAGAAUUAAUGACGUUCAUGUUGGAAGAAUUAUACAGACUAAUGUUGGACUUAGGCAACAACAGCAAGGACAUUCACAGGAGGAACUUCACCAAGAUGGACUUUCUCAAGAAAAUCUUGGUGAGGGCAGAAUUUUUGGGGGACACAGUCUCAACAAUUUCAAGUGCAUCAGAAGAUCACAAAGCGCCUCCUUUUCUUGAUGAGUCGCGUCUGCUUAAUUGUUCUGCAACCAAGAAGCUUCGUUUUUUGCCACAUUAUUUUGAGAAGAUUUAUGCUGCAGAUAAGGAAUGGUUGUCUAACAAGAAGAAUAAGAAGAACAGCAUUAAAAAUUCCAACUCAAGCCUGUCUUCUUCUGGAUCUUCGGCUGAAUGUAUUAUUUCUCGUCUUUGUUCUGAAUUUGCGGGAUUGAAAAUUUUUGAUUGA